AGAUUACUUAUUAUCGUAUAACAUAUAAUAUGUCUGAUAAUAACUCGAAUGGGUUCUUUGGACGUAUUUUCGGGAGCCGGAGUCAAAAUGAAGCUUAUCAACCUGUGAGUGCCAAUCAGUCCAGUACAAACGGCACCCCUUCCAAUCCCAACCAUAUGCCAGGUUACUUCCCACUGGAAGAUACAGAGGAACAGGGAAGUCUUGGACGAGUGAGAAACUACUUUAAUUCAGUGAUGGUUAGCCAUUCGGUAAGAAGUGUAGGUGGUUGGAUAAAUUAUAUAUUCAUAAAACCGAUCAUCAUAGUGUUGGUAAUUUUCUUUCGUAUAAUUGCCCAAUUAUUGAAUGUCAUAUAUUUUAGGGAGAAACAUGGGACAAGAUCAAGAUCUUUUAGCAAUACUACAGCAAGCAGCACCCUAAUAAAUGAUCCAAUUGACCGGGUGAAUCAUUUUGUUCGUGUUUUAGAGGAUAACUUAACUCCUCAACAGCAGUAUGGACAAUCUCAUAUGCCAGUGUCAGUUAGUUCAUUACCGCCAUUUUUUGAAGGUAGUUACACCCAAGCAUUAUACAUGUCACAUCAGAGGGCUAAAUUUUUGUUUGUAUAUUUAACCCAUCCUCAAAAUGAAAACUCCUCAAUCAUAUUUAAUAAAAUCAUCACCAACCCUGAAUUCAUAUCAUUGUUUAAUGAUCCAAAUAUUAUUAUAUGGGGAGGAGACUUAACAAAUCUGGAGACUUACCAAUUGGCCAAUAGCUUGAAUGUUACAAAAUUUCCAUUUUUAGGAUUAUUAUGCCUAACAAGAACUAGUACAAUGUCUCCUCAAGGACCAGUUAAAACUAGUCCAAAAAUUUCAUUGGUGCUGAAGAUACAAGGCUCAUUUCCUGAAGACCAGAAUCCAAGUGUGAUUAUUCAAAAUAAAUUUAAGAAGAGAAUUAGUAAGUACGAAGAUGAAUUAUCACUUAUAAGAAGUGAAUUAAGAGAUAAAUACAUGAGUCAAGUGAUUUUAAGACAACAAGACCUUAAUUAUCAGAAAUCAUUAGCUGAGGAUAGAUUGAAAAAACAGAAAAAACAAUAUGAGAAAGUGAAGAAGCAGUAUCUAAUUUGGAAAACAAAAGAUUUUGAAAAUUGGAGAUCAGAUCCAGUUGCUGGAUCAGCUAGGGUUGCAAUAAAAUUACAAAAUGGUAACAGAGUGACCUUCCACUUCCCACCAGAGGCUUCAGUACGAGAAAUAUUUACUUACGUUGAACUAUUAAAUGGUGGAUACCUCGACGGGAAUAUUAGCGGCAACGUUACUGACUCCGAUGUACAAAAAUAUAACUUAAAUUUUUUCAAAAUAACUUACAAGUUCAAACUACUGUCUCCUUUACCUCCAAAGAGAAACUUGAAUGAUUUGCUCGUCACGGAAACCAAGGUUAAGGACAUUGAUUGUAUUUAUCCCAACGGGCUAUUGAUAGUGGAAGAUCUAUAGUUUUUGAUUCUAC